AUGGCAACCGCCGCCUGGAGUAACGCGGCGCACGCGCUGCGGUUUCUCCCGCUCAUCCUCCUCUCGCUCGUACUUUCCCAAGCGGCUCGCCCCGCCGCCUCUCAGUCAUCCGCGGCGCCCCGCCGCCUUCUCGCCACCGAGACGCCGGGCAACCCCGUUUAUAUCGUCCGCCUUAAAGGAAACUCCGUCGCGGCCGAGAUUAACGGGAACGGUAACGGCGGAAACAAUGGCAAUGGCGGCGGUAACGGCGGAGGGAACGGGAGGAAUGGACAGCGGCAGAAGAUCGACCGGAACUCGCAGCGCGUCAAGGACCACGUCGAUCGAGUCAAAGCCCAGCACGCUCGCGUCGCGCGCGGCGCGGGGGUUCCCGACUCGGACGUGCUCUACAGCUACGUGUACUCGACCAACGGUCUCGCGGCUCGGCUUUCCAAGGAACAGAAGCGCGCGUUAGAAGCAGACCCGGAAGUAGCGUACGUGCAGGAGAGCAAAGUGCGCAAGCUGGAUGUCCUCGACUCACCGAAUUUCCUCAAUCUGCCCAACACGCUGUGGAAGGCGAAUACCGCCGCGUCGCUGAACGCGGCCGGCGCGGGAACGGUCAUCGGGAUUGUGGAUACGGGCAUCUGGCCCGAGCACCCGUCGUUCCAGGACCAGUCGACCAACCCGUAUCCCAACCCCCCUGCCACGUGGACGGGCAAGUGCCAGACCACCUCCGACUUCCCCAAGUGCACGCGCAAGCUCAUCGGCGCGCAGUACUUCAUCGCGGGCUUCCUCGCCGCGGGGCUGACGUACUACGACCCCAAGGACUGGCUCUCCCCGCGUGACGUGGCGGGCCACGGCACGUGGUGUGCGGAGGCUGACCUACUAAGGCUCUCCUUCCCUCCCUUUCUCCCCUACCCCCCAAUUUCCAGAGCCGCGGCAGGCAACGGCCCCGUGUCCUUCGGGUCGCUCAACUCCGUCUUCCUCAGCUCAUCCUACGGCGUGACUCCCCGCGCUUUCCUCCCCGCGUACAAGGUCUCACAGUCCCUUCACCGGUUCUCGUCCCCAUCCCCCAUCCCGUCCCAUUCCCAGAGCCGCAGCAGGCAACGGCCCCGUGUCCUUCGGAUCGCUCAACUCCGUCCGUCUCGGCGCGUCCUACAGCAUCCUCUUCACCCUUCCCCACCCGUCUUCACCCUUCCCAUCCCCUUCGUUCCCCUCCAUUUUCUCACAGAGCCGCGGCCGGCAACGGCCCCGUGUCCUUCGGGUCGCUCAACUCCGUCUUCCUCAGCUCAUCCUACGGCGUCGGCCCCCCGCGCUUCCUCCUCGCGUACAAGGUCUCACAGUCCCUUCACCGGUUCUCGUCCCCAUCCCCCAUCCCUCCCCCAUCCCUCCCUCCCCAUCCUCCCUCCCUCCCCCAUCCCCUUUCCCUUCCCCAUCCCCCCUUCCUCCCCAAUUCCCAGAGCCGCGGCCGGCAACGGUCCCGUGUCCUUCGGAUCGAUCAACUCCGUCUCGCUCGGCUCGUCCUACGGCGUCGCGCCGCGCGCCUUCCUCGCGAUGUACAAGGUCUCGUGGUACAGCACCGCGUACGGCGGUCGCGUAAUUGUUGAUUCGGAUAUCUACGCGGCGGUAGACACGGCCGUGGCAGACGGCGUGGACGUGCUCUCGCUCUCACUCGGCGGAAUGGACCCCUCCGACACAUACUUUGACGACUUGGGAUACCUCGACGCGCACCUCGCGGGAGUGGUGGUGGUGAAAUCAGCCUCCAACUACGGUCCUCCACCCUUCCAUCCCUUGCUCUACCGCUCCAUCUCCAACUUCUCGCCCUUCUUUCUCACUGUUGGCGCCAGCUCUAUCAGCCGUCGUUACAACGCGUCGCUCACCCUCGGUAACGGCACCGUGAUUUACGGAAACGGGUUUGGCGGCCUGAAUAUGGGUGCCAACACCCCCCUCAUCGACGCGGCUAAAAUUCCCGCUGCUGGAUAUGAUGCAUCUACAGCCCAGUACUGCAAAUAUGGCUCGCUCGACACAGUGUGGGUGGCUUGGCGCAUGGUGGUGUGCUUAUACGGAGGGGGGGUGAGCAACGACGAAAAGGCUUUAGAGGUCUCUCGUGGCAAGGGCCUGGCAGUGCUUAUAGUGAAUGUGAUGCCGGCAGACGAUGCGUCAUUCACCCGAUACGGCACGCUCCCUGCAAUGACUCUCUUCCCUCCUAACGAUGCGAUUCUUACCAAGUACUUGCUGUCUGCAAGCCCCACAGGCACCAUGUCGUACGGUUUCACUCAAAACACCGGCGGAGCCGCAGCAACCAUGGCCUAUUUCUCUUCCAUCGGCCCUCUCGUGCUCCCCUCUACCGUCCCUCCUCCCUCGUUCCCCACCAACGACAUCUUAAAGCCCGAUAUCAUCGCUCCGGGCUAUAACCUCUGGGGCGCUGCACCCGGGACGUCCCCGGGUGCUGCCAUGUCUACCGCUACUAAGGCUUUAAUGAGCGGAACGUCCAUGUCUACACCUCACGUUGCCGGAAUCGCGGCGCUUAUAAUGCAGAAUAAGACCGAUUGGACACCGUCGCAAGUGAUGUCGGCAAUAAUGACAACAGCUACAGUGAAGAACAACAAGGGCGUGGCGAUUAAGAGUUACAACAAUACUGCAGCGACGCCCUGGCAAAUGGGAGCUGGACACGUGGACGCAAGCAAGGUGCUUUCUCCAGGCCUUACAUACAGUUUGACCGGGCAGGAUUUCUACAAUUUUUUGGCCGGGCAGAAUCUGACCAUUGCGCAGUCACUGGUUGCUGCUGAUGCGGUUUUGACACCGAUCCCUGCUUACAACCUCAACCGGCCGACGAUUUCCGUGGGGCGGCUUACAGGGAGUCUGACUGUAACGAGGACGGUUACGAGCGUGGGGAGUGCAGUGUCAACUUAUAACGCCACUGUGGUGUCCCCUACUGGGGUUACCACAGUGGUUACACCAAAGUCCUUCACGAUCGCACCUGGUGAGUCGGUGACGUUCAACGUAACAUUCAAGGUGGUAACCGCAUACAAUGAUUUCAGGUUCGGGAGUCUAACAUGGAAGGAUGGCAAGAGUGUGGUUACAUCUCAGAUUGCGGUGGUCCCCUGGUCUGCCUAG